GUUCUCUCUCCAUCUCUUGCAGAAUAAAUCACUGCAGUAGAUACAGCCACAGCUGCAUUGGAGAAAUUCCGAUCAUUUCCAAGUUGGUAUAGGUUUCUGAUUGAAACUUAAAAACAGUUCAACCAUGCGUGAAAUUGUGCAUAUCCAAGCUGGACAAUGCGGCAACCAAAUCGGGGCAAAGUUCUGGGAGGUGAUCUCUGAUGAACACGGCAUCGACCCUACCGGUACCUACCAUGGCGACUCUGACCUCCAGCUCGAGCGCAUCAACGUCUACUACAAUGAGGCUACCGGCGGCAAGUACGUUCCCCGAGCCGUGCUCGUCGAUCUCGAGCCAGGCACCAUGGACUCGGUCCGGUCAGGUCCAUUUGGUCAGAUCUUCAGACCAGAUAAUUUCGUCUUUGGCCAGAGCGGAGCAGGGAACAACUGGGCCAAGGGUCACUACACAGAGGGCGCUGAACUUAUCGAUUCUGUGCUAGAUGUUGUCAGGAAAGAAGCAGAAAGCUGUGACUGUCUUCAGGGAUUCCAACUGACCCAUUCGCUUGGCGGAGGCACUGGUUCUGGCAUGGGAACCCUUCUGAUCAGCAAGAUCCGUGAGGAAUACCCAGACCGCAUCAUGAACACAUUCAGCGUGGUGCCAUCUCCUAAGGUAUCUGACACAGUUGUUGAACCUUACAACGCUACCCUAUCCGUCCAUCAGCUCGUAGAAAACACAGAUGAAUCUUUCUGCAUCGACAACGAAGCCCUCUACGACAUCUGCUUCCGUACCCUGAAGCUCACCACACCCACCUAUGGUGAUCUGAACCAUCUUGUCUCUGCAACCAUGAGUGGUGUCACAACCUGCCUCCGAUUCCCUGGCCAACUCAACGCCGAUCUCCGCAAACUUGCCGUCAACAUGGUUCCCUUCCCACGUCUUCACUUCUUCAUGCCUGGCUUUGCUCCUCUCACUAGUCGUGGUAGUCAGCAGUACCGUUCCCUCACCGUACCCGAGCUUACCCAACAGAUGUUCGAUGCCAAGAACAUGAUGGCUGCCUGUGAUCCUCGACAUGGACGCUACCUGACCGUUGCUGCAAUCUUCCGCGGUCGUAUGUCCAUGAAGGAGGUUGACGAACAGAUGCUCAAUGUCCAGAACAAGAACAGCAGUUACUUCGUAGAAUGGAUCCCAAACAAUGUCAAGACCGCUGUCUGUGACAUCCCUCCCCGUGGUCUUAAGAUGGCUGCCACUUUCAUUGGCAAUAGCACCGCCAUUCAAGAACUUUUCAAGCGUAUCUCUGAGCAGUUCACCGCUAUGUUCAGACGAAAGGCCUUCCUUCAUUGGUACACUGGUGAGGGUAUGGACGAGAUGGAGUUCACUGAAGCUGAGAGCAACAUGAAUGACUUGGUGUCUGAGUAUCAGCAGUACCAGGACGCCACCGCAGAAGAAGAGGGCGAGUUUGAAGAGGAAGAAGGGGAAGAAGAAGCAUGAGCGCAUGUUUAUUAUAAAGCAUAAUGAUUGUAAAACUCAAUAUUGAAUAUCUAUAUACGUUUUCAUGUAAAACAUUUUAUUUAAAUGAAAGUACUAAAGUAUGCCCAUCAUGACUUCGGAGAUCUUCUCCUUCUUUCAUCAGUAACAUGAAUCAACGCUUUGUUUCAACGCGCCCGGAACGUAAUCACGUAAACUGGUGAAUGUCUUCGUUCUCUUGUUCUUUUCCAAUUCUCUCUUUCUCGAAUUGUCUUCUCGAUACUUCAAUAUUUCAUCAUUCAAUAGUCAUGUGGCUGAUUUCUUUUACAGUACUUGAAUGUCUAAAGAUUUUUAUUUUACAGAUUGUUCACUAUUUAUAUAUAAAUUAAACUUUGCUUUUACAAAUUGCCAGAUCACAUCGAUAUACUGCUUAUUAUAUAGUUACAUCUAUCGAUGUUUUAAGUGCAUGAGGUAAUAUAUUGUAAUGUAUAUUGUAAACAACGUUUGCCCUGUGGUGGGAAUAAUGUUUCCUUCAUAUUGUAUUGAUAAAGCAAAUGUGCAAUACGUCUUUUUUAAAUCAAAUCAACGUAAGACAUUUUGAGUUCAUUCAAUAAAAUUAUAACACUUAAAUUUAAAAGGUUAUAAAAUGUUAUUGAUACCCACUCAAAGAAAAAAAAACUAUCGUAAAACCUAAGUUUACAAAAGUAAUGUUUCAGGUGAAGAUUUGUAUGACAUAAGAUUCGACCAAUUAUUAUGAAUAUUAGCUUGAUUGAAAACGCCAAAGGGUUUCUUUCGGCUCGAGAAAAUAAUCAUCUUUAAUCAUGAUGACCGUUACAUUGUAAAUGUCGAUAUUCUUCAUUUCCAGUCCGUGCGGCUUCUGUCAAGUAAACACUGUGUAACUUGUGAAAAUAAAUGGCGA